AUGAAGUUUUCUCGCGCCAAAAUCCUUGAAAAGAUGCCGGCUCCGCUUGCAACGCUGUCUUACACUAGGCUGGCGGACAAAGAUGCCGCGUCAGAAGAGCAGGAGUCCCUAGUUCAAAGAAGUCAAGAUAAUUCUUCCAAACCUGCUCGUAUCUUCUUGAUGCUAAACAUUCUUCUUCUCUUUACCUCGCUGGGCUGUCUGGCUGUGUCAGUGCUUCUGGUGUCCGCCGAGCAGCCCAUCGAUGGAACUCGCCUGCUACGAGAGAAGACAUUUUACUCGCCUCCCCUCGACACACUUACACCGGACUGGACCGUGUCCAAUACCGUCACCGAACCUCUCAACUCCGACGGCGCCGUCUUCCGACAAGAUCCCAGUCCCCGCGUCGACGCCGCAUGGGGCAAGUUCGCCGACAUGGGCGUCAUCGGCCUGACCGCCGCUCAAGUCGCCGCCCUCGGUAAGGACCCUGCCCUGACCGUCAAGGCGCCGCCAGACUGGGGCCUCGGCAACGAGACCUACCUCGCGCAGCUCGACGCCGUGCACCUUGCCCACUGCCUCAAUUCGAUGCGCCGCAGCCUGCACUUUAACUUUGCCCACUACCACCCGCGCGGCGUGCACGCCGUGUACGCGACGCACCUGGCGCACUGCCAGGAGGCCCUCGCCAGGUGGCUGGCGUGCCAGCCGAGCAUGGAGUUGCUCACGUUCAACUGGGUCGAGGGCCACAAGGGGCCCUUCCCGGACUUUGAGGUGACGCGCAAGUGCUGGGACUAUGACAGACUGCUAGAGUGGCAGGACGAGCACAGGGUGCAGACCAUCGGCACGGCGGCUUGGGCGGCGAUGAGCGCGCCAGAGGGCGCGAAGCGAAGGCCGUCGUCGAUAUUGCACGAGGAGUCCCUAAGUCGUACUCCAUUUGGUGUCAAGGGGCCGGCCUAA